AUGGCAGAAUGUGGAACCGGCACGCGGAAGGAGGACUACAAUCUUCCUUUGCACGUGGGAGCCUUGUUCAUCAUCCUGGGAGUUUCAGCAGGUGCUUGCGCUUUGCCGUUGGUCGCAUUGAAAGUGCCGCAGCUACACAUACCUCCUAAGGCUCUGUUCGUCUUCAGACACUUUGGAACCGGUGUUCUGAUAGCUACUGCCUUUGUCCACCUCUUCCCAACGGCCUUCGUUUCGCUGACGGACCCUUGCCUGCCGAGUUUCUUCAAUGAGCAGUAUCCAGCAUUUGCAGGGGCAAUUGCUCUUGCAGCGGUGUUCAUUAUCACAAUCGCGGAGAUGAUAUUCAGCCCUGGUCGAUCGAUCUGUUCUGGGCCAGAGGCAAAUGCGGCGGCAGCUUGUUGCGACGGGGAACCCAGUGCGAUGCCGUCACGUACUGCGUCGAUGGCCAUCGAUGAGAUUACGCCUGCUCAAAUAACGCCCGAGUUUGGACGAACUAGAUCAGGAAGAUCCCACAAGAAAACCAAGGAUUUCCAGGAGAGUGCUGCAGAUGUUAGCAACGAGGAUCAAACCACGGCCGUCGGACUUGGUCGAACCAGCGAAGACAGUCUUGAUGCCAUGGACGAAAAGGAAGAAAUUCAACAGCGCAAGAAACUUACAAUGCAGUGUAUGCUUCUCGAAUGUGGUAUUUUGUUCCACUCUGUCUUCAUUGGAAUGGCGUUGGCUGUUGCUGUUGGCAGUGAACAGGUCAUCCUCCUGAUUGCCAUUGCGUUUCACCAAUGCUUUGAAGGGUUGGCGCUGGGUUCUCGCAUCGCUACGGUCGGUUGGCGACCACGCGCACUUCAGCCCUGGUUCAUGGCCUUGGCAUAUGGCUGCACAACUCCCCUUGGACAAGCCAUCGGUAUCGCGACUCGCAAUCUUUACGAUCCAGACAGUGAAACUGGCCUCAUCGUCGUCGGUACGAUGAACGCCAUUUCGGCCGGCCUCUUGACUUACACCAGCUUGGUCGAUCUGUUGUCGGAAGACUUCUUGAGCGACGAUAGUUGGCGAUUGUUACGCGGUAACAAGCGACGAAUUGCGAUGUCGUUGGUCUUCCUUGGAGCUUUCUGCAUGAGUUUGAUUGGAGCAUGGGCAUAG